AUGGCCCCUGUAAUGCAACCCAUUCCGUCGCUAAGCGACUUGCCCCUCCGAAAAGGAAGUUGUGGCGAGGGCUGCAAGGAAGAAAUCCAGACGGGCGAGCGAGUAGGCCUAGAUUUACCCCUGGAUUUGUUUGAUCCCCCUUUGCUUGGCAGGGCAGGUUUUGAGCAAAAGAUUGUGGAUAAGAACCCGCUAGUCGUGAAUGACGACGUGAUUUCCUUCAAUACUCAAGGUAGUUCCCAAUGGGAUAGUCUUCGCCAUUUCGCAUAUCAAAAGGAUAAGAAAUUCUACAAUGGUACUACCCAAGAAGAGAUCCAUUCCGCUCCCAGGACAGCAAUCAACGGCCUUCAGACUUGGAACUCAAAGGCCUUGGCUGGCCGCGGAGUCCUCAUUGAUUACGCGUCAUACGCCAAGCGCCAGGGUAUCUCCGUUGACCAUUUCACGCCGCACGGAAUAACGUUAGAGAGCGUUAGAGCAAUCGCCGAGGAGGAAGGAAUCGAAUUUCGGAGCGGGGAUGUGCUCUUUAUAAGGACAGGAUAUGCAGCAGCUUACCAGACCCUAGAUAGCGAAGGCCGCACCAGAGUCUCUGGAGUUCGGGAAUGGUGCGGGCUCGCGCAAAGUCGGCAAACCACGGAGUGGCUCUGGGAGAGGCAAUUCGCAGCGGUGGCUUCUGACAGCCCUGGGUUUGAGGUCCGCCCUCCGACGGAGAAGGAAUGGCACCUUCACCCCAUUCUCCUCGCCGGGUGGGGAACGCCCAUUGGGGAGUUGUUUGAUCUGGAUAAGUUGGCUGAACUUUGUGCAAGGCGUAAGCGUUGGUCAUUCUUUUUCACAUCAGCGCCGCUCAAUUAUACGGGCGCGGUGGCUUCUCCGCCCAACGCUAUCGCCAUUAUGUAG